UUGGAAAAUACGGCGGCCGUCUUCCUUCCAGAAAUUUGCAGGUCACUCACCCUCGUCCGCCCCUGCCACUCCCCCACUCCUUCUGUCCGGCAGUCGGAGCCCAGCGGCUCUACUUGUGUGUGUAUCGCUGCAGGCCUUAUUCAUGGGCUCACCGCUGAGGUUCGACGGGCGGGUGGUGCUGGUCACCGGCGCGGGGGGAGGAUUGGGCCAAGCCUAUGCCCUGGCUUUUGCAGAAAGAGGAGCAUUUGUUGUUGUGAAUGAUUUGGGAGGGGACUUCAAAGGAGUUGGUAAAGGCUCCUUGGCUGCUGAUAAGGUUGUUGAAGAAAUAAGAAGGAAAGGUGGAAAAGCAGUGGCUAACUAUGAUUCAGUGGAAGAAGGAGAGAAGGUUGUGAAGACAGCACUGGAUGCGUUUGGAAGAAUAGAUGUUGUGGUCAACAAUGCUGGAAUUCUGAGGGAUCGUUCCUUUGCUAGGAUAAGUGAUGAAGACUGGGAUAUAAUCCACAGAGUUCAUUUGCGGGGCUCAUUCCAAGUGACAAGGGCAGCAUGGGAUCACAUGAAGAAACAGAAAUAUGGAAGGAUUAUUAUGACUUCAUCAGCUUCAGGAAUAUAUGGCAACUUUGGCCAGGCAAAUUAUAGUGCGGCAAAGUUGGGUCUUCUGGGCCUUGCAAAUACUCUUGCAAUAGAGGGCAGGAAAAGCAACAUUCACUGUAACACCAUUGCUCCUAAUGCUGGAUCACGGAUGACUCAGACAGUUAUGCCUGAAGAUCUCGUGGAAGCCCUGAAGCCAGAGUACGUGGCACCCCUUGUCCUUUGGCUUUGUCACGAGAGCUGUGAGGAGAAUGGUGGCUUGUUUGAGGUUGGUGCAGGAUGGAUUGGAAAAUUACGCUGGGAACGGACGCUUGGAGCCAUUGUAAGACAAAAGAAUCACCCAAUGACUCCUGAGGCAGUGAAGGCUAACUGGAAGAAGAUCUGUAACUUUGAGAAUGCCAGCAAGCCUCAGAGUAUCCAAGAAUCAACUGGCAGUAUAAUUGAAGUUCUAAGUAAAAUAGAUUCAGAAGGAGGAAUUUCAGCAAAUCAUACUAGUCAUGCAACAUCUACAGCAACAUCAGGAUUUGCUGGAGCUGUCGGCCAGAAGCUCCCUUCAUUUUCUUCUGCUUAUACGGAACUGGAAGCUAUUAUGUACGCCCUUGGAGUGGGAGCAUCAAUCAAGGAUCCAAAAGAUUUGAAAUUUGUUUAUGAAGGAAGUUCUGAUUUCUCCUGUUUGCCCACCUUCGGAGUUAUCAUAGGUCAGAAAUCUAUAAUGGGUGGAGGAUUAGCAGAAAUUCCUGGGCUUUCAAUCAACUUUGCAAAGGUUCUUCAUGGAGAGCAAUACUUGGAGUUAUAUAAACCACUUCCCAGAGCAGGAAAAUUAAAAUGUGAAGCAGUUGUUGCUGAUGUCCUAGAUAAAGGAUCCGGUGUAGUGAUAAUUAUUGAUGUCUUUUCUUACUCUGAGAAGGAACUUACAUGCUACAAUCAGUUCUCUCUCUUUCUUGUUGGCUCUGGAGGCUUUGGUGGAAAACGGACAUCAGACAAAGUCAAGGUAGCUGUAGCUGUACCUAAUAGACCUCCUGAUGCUGUGCUUACAGAUACCACCUCUCUUAAUCAGGCUGCUUUGUACCGCCUCAGUGGAGACUGGAAUCCCUUACACAUUGAUCCUAACUUUGCUAGCCUAGCAGGUUUUGACAAGCCCAUAUUACAUGGAUUAUGUACAUUUGGAUUUUCUGCCAGGCAUGUUUUACGGCACUUUGCGGAUAAUGAUGUGUCAAGAUUCAAGGCAAUUAAGGCUCGUUUUGCAAAACCAGUAUAUCCAGGACAAACUCUACAAACUGAGAUGUGGAAGGAAGGAAACAGAAUUCAUUUUCAAACCAAGGUCCAAGGAACUGGAGACAUUGUCCUUUCAAAUGCAUAUGUGGAUCUUGCACCAACAUCUGAUAUUUCAGCUAAGAUACCCUCUGAAGGCGGGGAGCUUCAGAGUACCCUUGUGUUUGAGGAAAUAGGACGCCGCCUAAAGGAUGUUGGGCAUGAGGUGGUGAAGAAAGUAAAUGCUGUGUUUGAGUGGCAUAUAACUAAAGGCGGAAAUGUUGGAGCUAAGUGGACUAUUGACCUGAAAAGUGGCUCUGGAAAAGUGUACCAAGGCCCUGCAAAAGGUGCUGCCGAUACAACAAUCAUACUUUCAGAUGAAGAUUUCAUGGAGGUGGUCCUGGGCAGGCUUGACCCUCAGAAGUAUUCCCCAGUGCCCCUGAGAGUUUGCUGUGAUGUCAGGUGCAUGGCAGAGAAGAGUUGGGAAACUGGCAUUCUUUAGUGGCAGACUGAAGGCCAAAGGGAACAUCAUGCUGAGCCAGAAACUUCAGAUGAUUCUUAAAGACUAUGCCAAGCUCUGAAGGGCACACUGCACUAUUAAUAAAAAUGGAAUAAUUACUCACUUCACCCAAAUAUACUUGAUUAUUCUGCAAAAGUGAUUAGACCUAAGAUGCAGGGGAAAUUGCUUAACAUUUUCAGAUAUGAGAUAACUUUUCAGAUUUUCAUUUUCUACUAAUUUUUCAUGUAUCAUUAUUUUUACAAGAAACUCUAUAUAAGAUAGCACGUAAUUAUCCUUCUGUUCUUAGAUCUGUAUCUUCAUAAUAAAAAAAUUUCACCCAAAUCCAGUUUCUUUAGAAUUUGCAAUAGCAUUGAUAAGUUGAAAGGAAAAUUAAAUCAAUAAAGGCCUUUAAUACUUUU